AUGAACCAUGAACCCUUGGAGGGUGCCAGGGUGGACCACGUUUCCGCCACGCAGCACGCUGCAUCAGAGCAUCAAGCGCAGAGGCAGGCACGUCAUUCCGGGGUUCCGCAGCUUCCGCUCGCCUCUCAACGGGGUCCGCGAGAAGAGGCGAGGAGAGGCAACGUGGGCGUCGAGGGCGUCGAGGGCGUCGUGGGCGUCGUGGGCGUCGUGGGGAGCUGCGAGCAGGGUUCAUGUUCGGAAUCAGGAGAGGGCCACGAGAUUCCCCAGCCAAUGUUAAAGUCCCUCGCAUCUCAGCUUACCGGAUGUAGUAGGAGGCUCAAGCUUCAUAUUGGCCAGUAUACGAUCGACCAGGCUGCGCACUACUCAAGCAGUACAUGUAAGCUCAAGUGCUCUUUUGACGUGUUGGAACUUGGAAGCCAGGGACCAGUGUCUGCCUUGUGUUCACUGUUCACGGUCAUGAACGUCCCUUGGGCGCCGGGGCGGGACAGUCUCCGUAAUAGUGGCACGCUGGGCCACACGCAGAGAACUCUUCGCGAUCGCGACUAUUCUGGAGAUUAUUUCCCAGUCGUCCCCAGAGGACCCAGGGACCAGGGGGUCUGCACGACCCGAAUCGGCCCCCAAAAUAGAUUUUGUCUUCCUACCAAAUCCUCCUACCCCUCUAUCCCCUCUAUCCCCUCCAUCCCCUCCAUCCCGAAGACCUGUAUCGAUGUCGAGGGCUUGCAUGAGGCGCCUUUGUCUGCUUUGACAGUUGAGGCCACAUUAACACCACGAUCCACAUCAUCUUAUAUCCUGAGCCGCUUGGGCCUCGUGGGUGUCGCGACCGCCCUAGUCGGCUCGUCUCAUGCCGCUGUAGUCCAGGACACAUCCGCCACGACCGCCACAUCCUGCGUCUCCAUAUGUGUGAGUGUGCCCAUGCCCACCCCUUUACUCUCCGUCCCCGUCCCCGUCCCCGCUCCCUCCAGUCCCCCAGCCGGCAGAAGCGGCGCCACCUCAUCACAACCCCAUCGCCCUCGCCUUACCAACAUGAAGCUUUCAACCCCCAGACACUUCAUUCUCACCUGA